AUGGAUCCAGAUUCAGUGAAAUCCACUCUCCAAAAUCUAGCCUUUGGAAAUGUAAUGGCCGCCGCGGCUCGCAAUUACCAGAAGGAAUUGCUUGCCAAUGAAAAGGCACCGGCCACGAGCUCUGUCAACCAAGAAGUCGACCUUGACGAGUUGAUGGAUGAUCCUGAGCUUGAAAAAUUGCACGCGGAUCGGAUUGCUGCUCUAAAGAAAGAAGCUGAGAAGAGAGAAGCUUUAAAGAGGAAAGGGCAUGGAGAAUACAGGGAGAUAACUGAAGGGGAUUUUUUAGGUGAAGUUACUGGGACUGAGAAAGCCAUCUGCCACUUCUAUCACCAGGAGUUCUAUAGAUGCAAGAUAAUGGAUAAGCAUUUGAAGACCCUUGCUUCAAAGCAUGUUGAUACCAAGUUCAUCAAGCUGGAUGCAGAGAAUGCGCCCUUCUUCAUCACCAAGUUAGGAGUCAAAACUUUGCCUUGUGUCAUAAUCUUCAGAAAAGGAGUUGCUGUGGAUAGGUUGGUUGGAUUUCAAGAUAUGGGAGGAAAAGAUGAUUUCAGCACAAGGGCACUCGAGGUUGUACUAAUCAAGAAAGGUAUAAUUAGUGAGAAGAAAGAUGAGGAUGAUGAAGAUGAUGGAUAUCAUGAAGGUAGUCGCAGGACAGUGAGAUCCUCUGUGAAUCUUGAUGAUUCUGAUUCAGACUGA